GAUUAAACCCUAAACGAGAAGACGACAAGACGAAACUAACAGCAACUCUUGGACCCACUAUGUCAACGACGACUGUGCAGAAGAAGAAACCAAUCUUCGUGAAGGUUGAUGAGCUAAAACCAGGUCAAAGCGGCUAUAACUUGACCGUGAAAGUCGUUGACUCCAAUCCCGUCACACCAGCGAUACGCAAAACUGGCUCCCUGACGCGGCCAUUUGGAAAUCCUCGUAUCGCUGAGUGUCUCAUCGGAGACGACACUGGAUGCAUCCUUUUCACUGCUCGCAACGAUCAAGUUGAUGUAAUGAAGACUGGAGCAACUGUUACUCUGAGGAAUGCAAAGAUCGACAUGUUUAAGGAUACGAUGAGAAUGGCUGUUGACAAAUGGGGACUCAUUCAAGUCACUGAUCCUGUUUCCUUUGAGGUUAACCGACAAAACAAUCUUUCUCUGGUCGAGUAUGAACUCGUCACUGUACCUGUUCAGUAACUUUCACUGAACAAUCUUUCAACCGACAAAUCAAUCUUUCUCAUGUCUCUGCUUUUCACGUUUUAUUUUACUAGUGGAUUAAAUUCAGUACGGUUAUGAUUUUUUUUUUCAAUCCGUUGGUUUAGUUUUAAGACGAGAUUGUGUAAUGUUUUUCUUUUUUGCACAUCUCUGGAUGUUUCUGAUUUUAUUUUUUAAUACACUGCUGGCUGUUGUAAUUGAGCUUAGGAUAAACAUUUAAACUUUUAAUAUUGUAUAUAACUUUAA